UUCAAAGUUUAGCUGGCUGCGCAUUUAAUGUUGUCAAUGAAGUUGUGUUUUUUACUAAUUUGUGUAUUAAUUAAGCUGAGCCAUGGAACGGAGCUGGAGGGACAAGCGCAUGCGGGCGAGGGUCAACUGCUACCCAGCGUGUGCCGCAAGGAUGCCAACGGCAGCAUGUUGAGCGUGGAGAUACGUUUGCCCUUUAUGGACAUGGAGCUGCGGCACGAGCGGCGCGUGCACGUGCUCAGUGAGGAGCAGCAGCAGUUGCUCUUGGUGCUGCAUGGCAGCGAUCUCUUCCAGCUGCAGCUGAGCAGCCAGGACAAGCGACUGGUGCGUCUGGGCGUGCUGGCUGGCCGUGUGGGCCAGCAGGAGGCGCUGGCCGCCGCCGUCAUCAGUUGGCGUGAGUAUUUGCUGCUUGCCGUGGCGCUGGAGGAUAGCAUGGAGAUCUAUCAGCUGCAGCAGCAUGCGCUGCUCCAUAGCAAUCAACUGCAAUUUGAGCCCAUUCAGCAGCUGACGCUGCCAGGCAAAUUGCAGCACCUGCAUUUGCUCAAACCCACGCAGCAGCAAGUGCUGCUGCUGCUGGCAGCGCAGUACACACAAACGCAGCACAAGCUCAAAACUCUGGAGUGGCUGGACUCUUACUUUAAUCCCGUGGAGGAGCUCACUGUGCCGGCUAUCAAAGCAUUCCAAGUGCUGGCACAACAACCCAUCUAUGUGAUCACUGGACGUUCACUGCGUGGACAGUCAAAGCUUGUGCUCAGCAUCUAUGAGCUAGAGACGCCUACGUUGCGUCUGCAGCGACGUCAGAGCUUAACGCUGCAGUCGAAGCAAAUUCAUUCGGCGCAUUUUCGUGGACGCAACUGGCUGCUCGCUUGUGGCAGCAACUCAUCCUCCUCUCCCAGCAAUUGCAUUCUCUUUCGCAUGGUCGAGGGCAACUUUGUCGUCUAUCGCAAGCAUGUGCUGCGCCAGCUGCAGUUCGCCCAUCUACUCGCCACCAAUCGGGGUCAACUGUUGAUUGGGGCACGUCAGAAUGGCGAGGUGUUGGUCUUCAACAGCCAUCGCCUGGACUGCUACAGUGGCUUCGGUGUUGGCACAGUUGCGCCCAGUGGUCUCUUCAGCAUGCGCAACCCGCUCAAUGAAACCUUCGUGGUGCUGAGCUAUGUGAGCAGUGAGGGCGACAUGAUGUUGCGCAUGGUUCAGCUGGCUGGCGUGCUGGACACAAACACGUUGAGCGCCAGCUCGGAGCGCAAUGAUGAUUUGAGCAGCGUGCAGUUGCAUCGUCAUGAGUUCGAGGAGCAGAUCAAUGCGCUGCGCAGUCUGUUGCUGCAACACAAGAAACUAAUUGCAGAGGUGCGUCCCUUGCUGCAGUUUGACAUGGAGCAGCCGCUGCAUAUGCGUGUAGGCGGACGCAUUGACCAUGUGCAUGUGCAGAGUCAUCACUUGCAGAGUCCCACACAGCUGCAGCAACGUGUGGCACAGCUGCGGGAACAGCUGCUGCCUCGAACGCGCACCAGACGAGCCUUUGGCGCUGGCAAUGCGCAGGAUACGCUCAAGGUGAAGCGGCUGCAUGUGCAGAAUCUCGUCUAUGCGGAGCCGUUGCUGCCAGGUCACUCCUUGGACAGCAGCCAGACACCUGCCAUACUAAGCGUUAAGCUGCCGCUGCUGACGAAGACGCUGCAGACGCCGGAGCUGUUAACGCCAGAGAACUACAAAGGCGCCAGCGGAUCCUCAACAGCAGCACCACCACCGCCACUGCAGUCGGAGCACAACUUGGUGGUGCAUAAUUUGCACGUGGAGCGCAUUAACAAUAUUUCCUGGUUUGAUUUCUAUGACUCACUCUAUCUACGCUCACGUGACCACGACUAUCGCAUUGAAGGACGCCUCAUAGUGCAGUCGAAGGCGCGUGUGGUGAACCUGGAGACGCAGCUGCUCAAUGGCUUGGUGGUGCGGCAGCUAUUCAAUUUGCGGCAGCCACAAGUGGUCCAGUCCAAUCUAUACAUGUCCGCAUUCUAUGCCACCGAAGUCCAAGCGAAACUCGUCAAUGGCCUGGAUUUUGCUAAGGACAUUGUUUAUCGCGGCGACAACGAUACCUUAAUUGAAACACCAGUGAGCAUCAAACAGUUGAGCGUAUCAGGCGAUUUGCUUGUGGCAAAUGAAACGAAAUGGGCGCGUCAACUGACAGUGGAGCCAAGUGAGCGCCACAAUAUGUUGCAGCAAUAUUACACUGGCACAGUAACGAUCACUGGCUCGCUAACGGUUAACAAUUUGAGGCGCGAUACGCAAGAGACGCUGCUGCAGCUGCUAAGCGGCAUCAACUUGAAUAAAACCGAACUUGCAACAAAGUAUUUGCUGCGAGAGGCGCCACAGAACUUAAGCCAGCUGAGCUUUGGCAACGCCAGAGUCAGCAUGCCGCAACUCAAAAGUGAGCAUAUUAACCAGCAUGCCACUUUGCAACACUUGCUAAGCGGCGGCAAUGCAACAAGUGCAACUGCCACAUCGGAGAAAGCUUUGCAUAUAAUAUUUAUGAAUGCCAGCAUUGAGGGAAAUGUGUAUUGCAGCAAUUAUAGCUCGAAGCUGGCACAGCUGGCAGGGGACGCAGUGCGUCAAGGCGAGGUGGCAACUAUAAGGUCGCACAAGCGCUUCGAGGCGCCACUGCAGCUGCAGGCGCUUGCCACAGCCCAGCUAAAUGGCUGCAACAUAAGCGAGCUGCUGUUGAAGUCAGAACAAGACGCGAAUUUCACUGGAGGAGACAAAAGCUUUGGCAACAUUGUGGUGCAGCAGGGACUGCAGGUGCAACAGCAAUUGCAGUUGCAACAGCUGAACGAGCUGCCGCUGGCGCAGCUUGCCACACACGCACAAAGCGUGCAACGUCUGGAACUGCCACAAAUGCCGCAACUGCAAUCACUGCAAAUGCAGCGACUAAACGGACUUCAGUUCGAUGUGCUGCUGAGCCAGCAGAACGCGCAGCUGCAGCUGCAACAGAAGCAACUCAUAAUCGAGGGCAACGUGCGCUUUGAGCAGCCGCUGCAGUUGCAGCAACUCAAUCAGCUGCAGUGGACGGCGUAUGUGCAACAAUUGGUGAUGAGCAGAGCGCCGCCCGCUGCCAUCAAAGGACGCAAGCGUUUCUUGCAGCCCGUGCAGCUCAGCAGCGAUUUACAAACGCGGCACAUAAAUGGCGUCGAUGUGGCAGCGCUGCUGCUGCAGAACACGCUGCUGCGUGGCAUGCCACAAAGCAUAGGCGGCAACUACAGCUUUCAGCGACUGCAGCUAAGCAAUUUGGAUGUGCCCAGCAUCAAUGGCAUGCGGGCUGCAGAUUUUGUGGACACGCGCCAGUCCGCGUUGCAGUUGCAAGGUGCAUGGCACUUGCAGCAGCUGCAGCUAAACGGCAGUCUAAGCUGCGGCCUAAAGCUGCCGCAGCCGCAAACACAACUGGAGCGGCAGCAACGCUGGCGCAAGCUCAUAGUGCUAGGUGAUGCGCUGCAUGCCCCAGCGACGCCAACUGAGCUGCACUAUUUGCAGCAACAUGCAGUGCGACGUCGCGGCGCUGCGCAAGCCAUAAGCGCACAUGUGCGACUGCAAGGAGCGCAGCUGGGAGUGCUGCAAAGCGUGCGCAGCUUCAACAAGCGGCUCAAUCUAAGCCACAUAGCUGCGGAUGCGUUGCUGCGUUACGCGCCCGCAGAGCAGCAAGUGUGGACGCCGCUGCAGCUGCAGGCGCCUGUCAGCGCCGUCAGCUUACGCGCUCCAGCGCGCAGUCAGUUUGGCAGCCUCAAUGGCAUCGAUCUGCAGCGUCUGAACGACUCACUGUAUCGCUUAUCAAGUGGCGCGCCCAUUGCCGCCAAGCUGCAGUUCCAGCAGCCGCUGCUUGUGCGCCAGCUGCGGCUGCAGGGCCAACUCAAUGGCAAGCCCAUUGACGGCAUCUUUGAGCCAACACUGGCAGCCAGUGCAUGGCCAGCAGUGCGUCUGCACAAGCAGCAGCUGUUUGUGUCGCAGGCGCUGCAAUUGGCUGAACUCAAUGGCAUGCAUUUGGAUUAUUUGUUGCAGCAACGCGUGCCGCUGCGUGGCGCACCGCUGGAGCUUUAUGGCCAGCUCAGCUUUGAGCAGCUGCAGCUGGGCGCGCAGACGCUGCUGCGCAGCAUUAACAACAUUACGCUGCAGCAGGUGCUAUACAAGCGUGCCACACAGCUGCAGGCUGUUGCUGGCGCCAAGACCUUCCAGGGCGGCAUACGGCUGCGCAGUCCGGCGCAUAUAAUGCGACUCAAUGGCAAAGAUUUGAGCGAGUCCUAUAUGCAAAGCAUCUUCACCAAUCGCAACUACAACAUCGACAGCUUGCUGCUGGACGCGGCAGCAUUUGAGGCAGGCAUGUUGCAAGCACCGCUGCUUGCUGCUACAGCAUUGCAGCUGCAGCGCUUGGAGACGCAGCUGCAGCAGCAGCAGCGCAGUCAACGCUUGCUCUAUCUGGAGUUUGAUGCAACCAGCUAUCAGUUGAUGCCACACGCUCUGCCACAUGCCAACUUGCAGCUUAAUCAAACGCUGAUGCUGCUGCCGCCGCGCAGCAGCUGCGAGCGUCAUGAGCUGCAGGCGCAACUCUCGUAUGCCACACAGCGCGUGCAUUUGCGCAAUGUAAGCUUGCCACAGCAGCGGCAGCGGCUGCAACUGCAGCGCGACUUCAUACGCAUCAAGGCGCAAAAUUAUUGCCAGGCUCAGCGCUUCAGAAGUCGCAUCAAGUUGAGUUGCCGCGCGGCAACGCAUACGCUGGGCUUGCGGCAACAUGUGCAGUCGCUGCAACUGCCACAAUUUGGCAACUACAGCUUGCUGUUGAUUAGCACGCCGCACGAGGUGCGCGUGUUGCAUGUAACGCACUCCAACUGCAGCUUGCGUGAUUGGCAAUCGCUGCGGCCUGCCGCUGGACGCUUGAUGCAGUUGCUGCCACUUGACGACGACAACCGCACGACGUUGCUGCUCACGAGCGGCCUGUUGGCGCAUCUGCCAGUGGUCACUGUACAUCGCUUGAAUCCCCAGACGCAACGCUUUGAGCUGCUGCAACAUAUCGAAGGCGACUACGAUUUGGCUGUGUGGCAGCCACAGUUGCAGCCACAGCCACAGCUACUGCUCAGCUGUCUGCAGUGCCAGCAUAUAACGGUGCUUGCUUUUGAUGCUGCCACACAGCAAUUCACGCACUUGCAACAGCUGCGACUGCAAGCGCGCAUACAACAGCUGCUGCCGUUUGGCGUGCAACAAGUGCCACAUCUACUGGUCCUCAGCACGCCCAGCUCGGAGAACUUCUACUUGCUCAACUAUGCGCCGCCACAGGGCUGGCAGCAGCUGAGCUUCGGCUUCAAGGCCGAGCUUCAAUGGUCCUGGCCCUUAAUAGCGCCCGGAGCGCAGCUCAACAAUUCCACGGAUGUGCUGCUGCUUUGCGGUGAAGAGCACUGCCGACUGGUCAAGGCUCUGCUGGAUUGAAAACUCAAUUGAUCAUUGUG